AGAACUUUAGCCGAGAUCUUAAAAAAAAGAGUGAAUUAAAAUUAAAAUGGGUCAUCAAUAUCCAGUUACAAUACCGUCAGAUGCUGAAUUAAAAGUGCUGCCUGUAGCAGACCAGCCGGGUAUCGAAACGGAGCCGGUGAUUAUCAAGUUUAGGAGGUCGAUUGGUCACGGGGCCUUUGGGCGUGUGUAUAUCGGGACCGUAAACCAUUCCCGCAAGGCGAUGGCCAUCAAGCAGACCUGUUUGGACACGUCCAUCUGCUAUCGCGAGCCGGAGAUUAUGAACCGGCUGCAGGGACACUGCAACAUUCGGCACCUGCACAUGCACACGGUUGUACCGUUGGGGGAUCCGCCGCAAGAGUACAUGCUGCUGGUCAUGGACUACCUACCCAUGACCCUGGCGCAGUUCAUACGCCAUUCGCUGCAACGUGGUAACGGCAUUGACCUGGUCUACAUUCGCAUAUUCUCCUACCAACUCUUCCGGGGACUGGCCUAUCUGCACUCCAUGGGGAUCUGCCAUCGCGACAUCAAGCCCGAGAAUCUGAUGAUCAACGACCGCACGAUGCUGCUCCAACUGUCCGACUUUGGCAGUGCCAAGUGCCUGCGCGCGAAUGAGCCAAGCAUCACCUACAUCUGUUCGCGUUUCUAUCGCGCCCCAGAACUGUACGCCAAUUGUCAGUACUACAACUGUUCCGUGGACAUCUGGAGCGCGGGCUGUGUGCUGGCCGAACUGUUCAAGGGGGAAGCACUUUUUAGUAGCAUCCACCACAACGAGGAGCAACUGCGUUGGAUGGUUCAACUGCUGGGCACUGACGGCCUGCAGAGUGCCCCGGAGAUUCGCCAGAUGUGUGGGUUUAAGAAUCGCACACUUCCCUUAUCUAGACGUCGCACCUGGGAUAAGAUUCUAGGCAGGGCCGUGCCUCCAGAUCUGGCCGAGGUGCUGAACCGCUGUCUGGUCUACGACCCCAGUGCCAGGAUCUACCCCUUAUAUGCCUGUGCCCACGAAAGCUACGACGAGCUGCGCAGCAUGGAGUUCCUGGACAUGAAAAUGCCGAACGGCAACGAACUGCCGCCACUGUUCAACUUUAGCAAGUACGAGCUGAAGAUCCAUUCAGAAUUGUGGGUCCAUCUGCUGCCCAUGUGCCUGUACAAUAAGUAUAAGCCCAGCGAACCCAAAAAAACUAUGGGGACUUUUACAAAAUACUUUCCCGUACAAACAAAAGAUGGUACCACUGUUUAAACCACUUGCUAAACCUUUACAUACAUAUUUAUACUGUUUGCUCAUGACUUAAGCUUGUUGUUCCUUAAGGAUCUUAACAUCAAUGUUAACUAAGAAACCAUAGACAAAAAAAUC